CACACACCUCAGAAAGCUCAGAGCAGGUCACGUACAGUCACGCACACGACACGCACAUAGAGCGCGCGGGAUGCGUGCGAUCUGACGAACAGCGGCUUGUUACAACAGUCUUAAACAGAGAAUCAGCAUCAUGACAAGAUCUGUGGGGGAGGAGCAGGAGUUAGUGGAGUCGGAGGAGCAGCAGGAGCUUAACAGCCCCUCAGAGGGAGGAGGAGAGGAGGAGGAGGACAGCCAACAACAGCUGGAGGAGGAAGAGGAGGAGGAUGAUGAGGACGAAGAGGAGGAGGAGGACGGCGAGAACAAACCCAAAAGGCGAGGGCCAAAGAAGAAGAAGAUGACGAAGGCUCGUAUUCAGAGGUUUAAGGUCCGUCGGAUGAAAGCUAACGCCCGGGAGAGGAACCGUAUGCAUGGGCUGAACGACGCUCUGGAGAGUCUGAGGAAAAUCGUCCCUUGUUACUCCAAAACCCAGAAACUGUCCAAGAUCGAGACGCUCCGCCUCGCUAAGAACUACAUCUGGGCCCUGAGCGAGGUCCUGCGCUCCGGCAAGGCACCCGACCUCAUGAGCUUCGUCCAGGCGCUCUGCAAAGGUCUGUCUCAGCCGACCACGAACUUGGUGGCAGGCUGCCUGCAGCUGAAUCCUCGGACUUUCCUGCCGGAGCAGACCCCCGACCUGCCAGUUCACCUCCCCCCCGCCGGUGCUGCCACCUAUCCUGGACACUACUCUUCCUACCAGAGCCCCGGGUUGACGGCCGGCCUGCCCAGCCCGCCCUACGGCACCAUGGAGCCCUCCCACAUCUUCCACCAGGUCAAAGGUCAGCCCUACGGCUCGAUGGAGCCCUUCUUUGAUGGCGUGCUGGUGUCGGAUGCCCCGGCGUUUGACCCGCCCCUCAGCCCACCGCUCAGCAUCAACGGGAACUUCUCGUCCUUCAAGCAUGAGACCGUUGCAGCUGCAGACUACGACAAGAGUUUCUCUUUCAGCGUGCACUAUGGGGGCGGUGGAGCUGGGGGACACCCUGCCAUCUAUGGCGGCGGGGGGUCCAACCCGCGGUGCGGUGAGCUGCAGGUGGACGGGCUGAUGGGCUUUGACGGACACUCACACCACGAGCGGAUGAUGAACGCCCAGCUGAACGCCAUUUUCCACGACUCCUGAGGACGAGGAGGACAGAGAGACCGAUGAAGACAGAAAGACGAACAGUUAUAUGGAGAGACAGACAGUUCUGUGUAUGUCUAUCAUUUCAUAGCUGUCUUUCUUCCUAUCCUUCCUUUCUUUUCUUCUUUCUGUCUGCAUUAGGCUUUACCACCCCUCCUCAUCAUGAGGGCGAUGAUGUCGAUGACGAUGUCAUGUUGAUGAUGUAACCUUCUUUGUAGCGCUUCAUCCUGCAGAAGACGCUCUCUGAAUGUCUCGUUAAUUGUCCAUAUUAUCACGUAAAAAUAAUCAAUAACCAAUAAUCAAUAAGCAAUAAUCUGGAGGAAACUAUGCAAUUUUGUUCAAACCUGGGCGAUGCUCAGCGGAUAAUUCCAAAUGUUGAAAGAAUAAAGAUUUCUCUAUUUUUGGGUCUGUGCGUAAAGCGGCUUUGAGCCGGUAUGCAGCUGGUGUUGAGCCGGCGUUGGGCCGAAGUGUUCAUGUUGUUCAUGUGGUUUUUACUUUUUGCUUUUUAUAACGUUCCUGUAGCGU